AUGAAGUACGAGCGCAUGCCCAUCGAGAUCGAGUCGCCCGAGGAGUACGGGUACGACAAGAUCAAGUUCAACCUUUCAGAGAGCUCCAUCACGGACCAGACCAUCGAGUCAUUAGGCCUCAAAAUCCCCAACCUCACCCUCCUCUACAAUGAGCAUCGAGGCGAAACAGAGCUCCGAAAGCUCAUCGCUGAGGAUGCCGGGGUGAAUACGGACGAUGUUCUCAUCACCUCGGGCGCCGCCGGUGCCUUGUUCAUCAUCACCACGUCGCAGUUGGCUACCAUGGAUGCCUCGGGACGUGACCAUCUUGUCGUUGUUCGACCCAACUACGCCACCAACCUGGAGACCCCCAAGGCCGUCGGCUGCGAGAUCUCGUACAUCGAUGUCACUUUUGAGUCUGGCUUCCAGCCCAAUGUUGACGAUAUCGAGACUGCCAUCAAGCCAAACACCCGUCUUGUCUCCGUGACCUGCCCACACAACCCUACUGGCUCUACUUUGUCUCGGGAGGCACUUGACCGGCUCGUAGCCAUCACCAAGGAGAAGGGCAUUCUUUUGCUAGUGGACGAGACGUAUCGUGAUAUCGCUUUUGGCGAGAAGCUUCCUGUGGCUGCUUCCCUGGGCGACCACGUCCUGAGUGUGAGCUCCUUGUCCAAAUCGUUCGGUAUUCCUGGAGUCCGGAUCGGUUGGCUCAUCAGCACCAACAAGAACCUCCAAGAGACCUUCCUAGCGGCCAAGGAGCAGAUCAGCAUUAGCGGGAGCGUCAUCGAUGAAUGGAUUGCCACGCAGGUUCUGUCUCGGCGACAGCAGAUCCUGGCCGACACGACAGAUGAGAUGAGGGUCCGUCUACAGAUGGUUGAGUCGUGGGUCGAGAGCGAGAAGCUUCUGGAAUGGGUCAAGCCCACAGGUGGUGUUGUCUGCUUUCCCAGAAUUAAGAAGGAGCCCGCGGGUGGAUUCGCAGCAUUCUACGAUAGGCUGCUGACCAAGUAUGCGACCUAUGUUGGCCCUGGUCACUGGUUCGAGCUUCCGGAUAACUUCUUCCGACUUGGAUACGGCUGGCCGAAGCGAGAGGAGCUUGAGGGUGGCAUGAAGGCCAUCUCAAAGGCCCUGCGAGAUGAGUAA